AUAAUUUUUUUGUGCAGCGGACUUGUGAAUUCUUACAACUCUUUGGUAGCACUUAGAGUGCUUUUGGGAGCUUUUGAAGGUGGCUAUUUUCGAGCCAUGGUCUUGGUAGUUAGCAUGAUUUACAAGGCUGAGGAGCACACUAAAAGAACUGCUUUUUUUUUCGGUGCUGCGCUUGCUGGCGCCUUUGGUGACUUGAUUGCGACAGGAUUGGCAGCGGUUCGUAAUGCGGCAGGUCUCAACGGAUGGAAGUGGUUAUACAUUAACGAGGGACUCAUUUCUACUACAGCCGCUGUAUGGAUAUAUUUGGCCUUCCAAUCGAUGUAGAAAACCCUCAUUUCGUGGAUGAACGUGAGCGGAAUCUUUUACAAGCGCGAUCAAAGCAGCGACCUCAGUCUAUUGAAGAACAACAAGAAUCUAGCUGUACUUUUGUAUGA